AUGGAGAACGAGAUCCCCCUCCCCCUGCCACCCCGGAGAAGAAAGUCGCAUCGCCCGUCGCGCUUCGACGAUCGCUCCAGCCAACCAUCUAGUGACCCAGCCCUUUUCUCCAGCGAUGAUAUUCCCGCAUCUGGUCUAGAGAAUUACCAUGCGCCUGCUCAUGGAAACACGGGGAGAAAGAGGCGAUACCGUGGUACGUGGUGGGGUGAAACAGUGCUGGAUCCGAAGCGGAAACGAAAGGACUUCAAGGAUAAGCGGUUUGUAGACAGUGGUGUGUGGAUGGGGAGUGAUGAGUCGUUCGCGGAAUCGCUUUUACCGUCGGAAGAUGCGCCUAUCUCCGAAGAGUUCUUUAAGAAUGUGCGAAAUUCGAACCCAAGAGUGCCUAAGAAAGAACAGGACGAAGACGCUGUGCCUUUUGCAUUUGCAGCUCCAGGUCCGGAGUCUGCUCUCGGGAUGGAUCGAGGUCCGAUAUCAAAACCGCAGCCGCAGGUUGUGACCCAGCCUCGCGUGGCGUUUAGGAGAGUGUUCGAGUCGCAGGAGCAUCAGUUGGCCAGAGCGAUUGUAAACGACUGUCUGGAGAAAGGCCAGGACAGCGUGGAUCUAAGCAUUGGCAACAUGAGGGAAAUCCCUUCUAAUCUGCUAGGGCCCCUACAACACCUCACAAAAUUGCCUGCCGUACGAGAACCCCCGGUCACCGAGGACGUCUAUUCUUCAUUAGAACCAUUCCUCCGGCUCUUCCUGGCCGGGAAUUCUCUGUUUAAACUCUCGAGCGAACUCUUUGACCUGACCUCGCUGAAGGUCCUCAGUUUGCGAAAUAACAAACUGACUGAAGUCCCACCGGCAAUUCGCAGACUGACAUCGCUGCAAGACGUCAAUCUCUCGGUUAACAGACUGGAAUAUCUCCCCUGGGAGUUCCUGUGGUUAAUCAGGAAGGGCGAUUUAAAGCAUCUGAUUGUCCGGCCUAAUCCUCUUAUGCAGAUUGACGAGGCGGAGAUCGCUCACUGGCAUUACCCUAAUACUACCACACCAGUGUCAUUAGACAAACCUCUAAGAUUACAAGAGUACGAAUCACCAGUCCCUGAGGAAGCAUGGGCUCCCAUCCACAUCGCCACGGGACCAAUCCGCCGCUUCAACACAGACGGCUACCCCAUACCAGAGGCACAAUCAAACACAACUUCCAACGAAUUCAAUUCCAACGUCCCAUCCCUCCGCGAAGUCUCCCUCGUCUCCCUCAACAAAUCCAACUUCUUCGACCUAACCCCCGACUCCGACAUAGCAGACCUACCAGAGCUGAUGCUCCGGUUACUCCGGUACGGUAGAGAAGUCAGAGCUGCAGGGGGCCGAUGCUGCUCAAUCUGCCAUCGAAACUUCGUACUUCCGCGAACUGAAUGGAUCGAGUGGUGGGAUUGCAGCACGUACGAGAACGGACUCAAGGGACCUCGCGCGUCGGGCGAGAAACUGCGGCCAUUGCCGUUCAAGAGGCUGGGUUGUAGCUGGGAAUGUGUUCCUGAGAUGAAGUCGGUGGAGGUUACAUAUAUUCCAGAGUCGACUUUGGAGUAA